AUGCCGCCUUCCCUCAAGGAGCGCGCGGGCGGGGCCGGUUCCCCGCGGGGCCCGCUCUGCCCAACCACGGCGCGACCCCGCCCUCGGGCCCGCCCCCUCCGCCGCUUGACCAAUGGGGAGCCGCCUCGGUGCCGCGUGGCCGCCGUUGCCGCGGUGGGAGUGACGGCGCAGAAGACCAUGAGGCUGCUGCCCGCGUCCGGCCGCAGGGCCACGCAGAAGGUGGUUGUUGGAGAUCAGGAUGGGGUCAUCACAUGUUUUGGCAUAAAAAAAGGGGAAGCCGUGCCAGUGUUCAAGACACUGCCAGGACAGAAAAUUGCAAGGCUGGAGUUAGGAGGAGCUCUUAAUACACCACAGGAGAAAAUCUUUGUGGCCACAGGAUCAGAAGUUAAAGGUUUCACAAAAAGAGGGAAGCAGUUCCUUUCAUUUGAAACUAAUCUCACUGAAAGCAUCAAAGCCAUGCAUAUCUCGGGAGCAGAUCUCUUCCUCUGUGCAAGCUACAUCUAUAACCAUUACUGUGACUGCAAAGACCAGCACUACUACCUGUCAGGAGAUAAAAUCAAUGAUGUCCUCUGCCUUCCUGUGGAGAAAGUGAAUUGCAUUACGCCUGUACUUGCCUGUCAGGAUAGAGUCCUCAGAGUUUUACAGGGAUCUGAUUUACUGUAUGAAGUAGAAGUUUCUGGACCACCUACUGUUCUUGCUCUAAACAAUGGAAAUGGAGGUGAUUCUGGAGAAGAAAUUGUGUUUGGAACUUCUGAUGGUAAAGUGGGUCUGGUCCAGAUUACUGGUUCUAGUCCUGUACAUAAGUGGGAAAUCGGAAAUGAAAAGAAGAGAGGAGGUAUCUUAUGUAUUGAUAGUUUUGACAUUGUGGGAGAUGGGGUUAAAGAAUUACUCAUUGGACGAGAUGAUGGUAUGCUAGAAGUCUAUAACUUCGAGAGUGCAGAUGAUCCUGUUCUUCUAUCUGAUCAUGCAUUAUCAGAGAGCAUCGCAUCAAUCCAAGGCGGCUGCGUAGGAAAAGAUGGAUAUGAUGAAAUCUUGGCAUGCACCUAUUCAGGGUGGCUGACGGGUCUGACUACAGAGCCCAUCCACAGAGAAGGUGGAUCUGGUGAAGAGCUAAAACUGAGUCAGGAGAUGCAAAGCAAGAUUUCAUCCUUAAGGAGUGAACUGGAAAGCUUACAGAUWAAAGUACUGCAGGAGCGUGAGAAAUACCAGCAGGCUUCCCAGUCCAGUACUGCCAUGUCAUCAGUGCCUGCGUUCAGUGUGAACGAUAAGUUCACAUUAAAUAAGGACGAUGCCAGCUACAGCCUCAUCUUGGAGGUGCAGACUGCCAUAGAUAACGUCCUGGUACAGAGUGAUGUCCCAAUAGACUUGCUGGAUGUGGAUAAAAAUUCGGCUGUUGUUAGUUUUAGCAGCUGUGAUUCCGAGCCAAAUAGCAACUUUGUUCUUGCAACUUACCGAUGCCAAGCAAACACUACAAGGCUUGAACUUAAGGUUCGAUCGAUUGAAGGACAAUAYGGGACACUUCAAGCAUACGUAACUCCAAGAAUUCAACCGAAAACCUGCCAAGUUCAUCAAUAUCAGAUUAAACCACUUUCACUUCAUCAGAGAACCCAUUCUAUCGACCACGACCGACCCAUGAAUACGCUGAUGCUCAAAGGCCAGUUCAGUUUUGCUGAAAUUCAUUCCUGGGUUGUGUUUUGCUUGCCUGAAGUUCCUGAAAAGACUCCAGCUGGAGAGAGUAUCACCUUUUAUUUUCAGAACACCUUUCUGGGUACGCAGCUUGAAAGUACUUACAGAAAAGGCGAGGGACUUUUUAAGUCUGACAACAUAUCUACCAUAUCCAUCCUAAAAGAUGUGCUUUCCAAAGAGGCUACUAAAAGGAAGAUUAAUCUUAAUAUAUCAUAUGACAUAAACGAAGACUCUGUGAGGUAUACAUUAAAGCUUAUCCACCCCAAACUAGAGUAUCAGCAGCUGCUGGCCAAGAAGGUUCACUUAAUAGAUGCUUUGAAAGAAUUACAAGUCCAUGAGGGAAACGUGGACUUCUUGCUCCCAAAGUACCGGAGCAUUUUAGAAGAGUCGGAUCAGCUGCUUGAGGAAUACAAGAAGCAACCUGCGCAUCUCGAGAGACUUUAUGGUAUGAUCACCGAUCUCUUCAUAGAUAAAUUUAAAUUUAAAGGCACCAACGUGAAAACCAAAGUUCCUCUUCUUCUGGAAAUCCUGGAUGGCUGUGAUCAAGAUGGACUAAUUGCCUUCUUUGAGGCUGCAGCCUGAUUUGGAAGCGCCAAGGAAAGGACGCAGUGAUGCCUUUUAGCUAUUGGUUUUUUAAUCAAAGCAGUCACCUACCAAGUCCAAUACAUCAGUUUGGGGAGGGGAGAGUUUUACUGUUCUUUUUACUCUUUUCAUUUUAUUCUUAUUUAUUGCCAUAUUGAAUACUGAUCAACUUUAGUUCGUAUAAACCAUUGUAUGUGUGAAAUGCACACAUAGCUUAUAUGUUCAUAAUGAUCUUCAUAGCUAAGGAAAUAUGGAGAAGCAGAUAAUGAAUAUCCCUUUUGCAGAAUUAUAUUUUCAGUACUAUUAGAGACGAUAAAUGUGAGUAUUUUCCGUUUGUAGGGAUGUAUGAAGGGACUAAUUUUCAUGGACGUGGCGCACUAGAAGCUCAGGUGCUGAAUGUGUGGGGGGAGCCGCGCUGGCGGCCGCGCUGCCGUGCGGAGCGGCCCAGACCAGCAGCUCUGCGGUGAGACGUGCGAGCUGCUCCUGCCGCUGCCCCCGCGGCUUCCGAGGUGGAGUGCUCUACAGGUGUCCCCUGCGCCUCUCCUCCCGUGGCUCUUUGGAACUCAUUCCCCAGAAGCGUUCGGUUCCCUUUGCUGGGAAGGCAGUGUACUCUUCAGUCUCUUUUUUAUUA